CGUCGCCGCGCCGCUCGGGGUCAAAGUUCAUGUUGACAUCUGAAGCGUCAUGGCUGAGCUGGAUAUUGGGAAGCAUUGUCAGAUCGAGUCCUGUCAUCAGAAAGAUUUCCUGCCAUUUGUUUGUGAUCUCUGCAGUGGUGUUUUCUGCCUUGAGCACAGAAGCAGGGAGUCCCAUUCGUGUCCAGAGGUACCAGUGAAAAGGGAACCACAGGCAGCAGGUGGCAGUACAAGUUAUCCAUGCUCAUUUGAAGACUGCAAAGGGAAAGAAUUGUUACCAGUCAUAUGCCCACAGUGUGAAAAACAUUUCUGCUUGGCUCACCGUCAUCAAGAUGAUCACAAGUGUGAGAAACUGGAGAUCCCUAAGCCCCGAAUGGCAGCCACCAAAGAGCUGGUGCAAAAGAUUGUGGAGUCAAAAGAGAAACCUGCAAAUAAAGGACGCAGAGGAGCAAAAAACAGUGCAACUGCGGCUAAGGUAGCAUUAAUGAAACUGAAAUUGCAUGCUGCAGGAGACAAGGGCCUGCCGCAGACAGAGAGGACCUAUUUUCAGGUCUAUCUUCCCAAGGAGUCUAAAGACUCCAGUCGACCCAUGUUCUUUUGCUCCAAAUGGAGCGUGGGCAAAAUGGUGGAUUACGCUGCCUCUCUAGCCAGUCUCAAGAACAACAAUAACGUGCUGGCAGCUAAGAAGCUGCGGUUAUGCCAUCCUCAGACAGGUGAGGCUCUGCGGAUGGAUGACACCCUGCUCGCACUGCUGGCUCAUCCAGAAGCUCCCCUAUACAACGGGGGUAAUGUGAUCCUGGAGUACCUGGACAACAACAGCACAGGCCUGGAGGAUAUUUCUGACUAUGUCCCACAGACAUGACUAUAGCACAGCAACCGCUUCAUUGGUUUUUACUGUAUUGUGGACAUAUAGUGUGCCAUUUAUAUUUCUGUUAUAAUAAAAUUCAUUUUCAA